AUGUCAGACAUGGACGCGGCCCUUCAUGCAGCGCGAGACAGGCAGUCAAACGGUGGCAUAUCAGGAAGCACCACGAAGCUCAACCCCACUCCAGAUUCUGGAUCCCGGUACGAUAAGCCUAUCGUCGCCGCGCAACAGGACGGUCUACCAAUAAUCGACAUCUCAGCUUUCCUAGAUCCUUCAUCCUCGAAGGAUGCACGAUCUACGACUGCUAAAGCCAUUAGCGCCGCUUGCGUGAACUAUGGUUUCUUCUAUCUUACAGGACACGGCAUACCAACUGCAAAGCUCGAUGAAGUCAUCAGCCUUGCACGCGACUUCUUCGCCUUGCCACUAGAAGAGAAGAACAAAAUCAAACGCUUUGAUGCUGGGAGUCCAGAAGGAGGAGAUGGCGCACGGGGUUACCAGGGGCUCGGCGAAAACGUGACGGGCGGCCUACAAGACAUGCAAGAAGCCAUCGACUGGUACCGCGACUGGCCAGCAGAGAAGCGAGAGCCCGGAGACGGAGGACCAGGUAGUGUGAAGAGUCUUCAGGGCACCAAUCUAUGGCCUGAGCAGCCGAAAGAGCUCAAGCCUGUAUACACAGACUACAUUGAGCAAGUCAAGAAAGUCGGCGAAGCCCUUGUCCACGCCAUGGGCGUAGCUCUAGACCUUGGGUCACCUAAAUCAAACGCAACGCAAAGCACAGAAGACGAAGAAGUCUUUGUGCGAAACUGCGACGAGUCCUUCUGGGUAAUGCGCAUGAUCGGUUACCCUCCCCUGACGACCCCUCAUACGCCUGGUAACGAUAUCGAACAAUUCUCUUGCGGCGCCCACACAGACUAUGGCUGCGUAACGCUCCUCCUCACGGAUCCUACGCCCGGCGCUCUCCAAGUCCAGCUCAAAGACGGGACUUGGCUCAAUGCCGAUCCCAUACCAGGAGCUUUCGUGGUGAACAUUGGGGAUAUGAUUGAGCGGUGGACGAAUGGGCUUUGGAAGAGUACGAUGCAUAGAGUCAUUCAUAGGGGGCAGCAGUAUAGGAUUAGUGUGCCGUUCUUCUAUGAGCCGAACUUCGAUGCUGUGGUUCGGCCGUUGGAGAAGUGUGUGGAGGAGAGUGGGAAGAAGCCGAUACAUCAGGGGAGCACGUAUGGGGAGCAUCUUUUAACCAAGGUGUUCAGCAAUUUCUACUACAGUAAGAGGACCGAUUGGUGA